AUUAACGUUUUUCUUCUGACAGUUCUGUUUUGACAUAUAUUCUGUGGUUUUGCUUUUGUUUGGAAAAAUACUUCAUUUUGUUCGCUAAGGUGGACAAUCUGAAAUUCUUGUCCGGCGUCGCCGCCCAAUCUACUUAAUUUAUAUAAUUCGGCAUAAAUUGCCGAAUACUUAAUAAUUGAACCAAUGAUUAAUUUAUUCAGUAGGGGAUUCAUCAUUAUUUAAUUUAUGUCAUGUGACACUAGAAACAAUACUUUUAAUGAAUGAUAUCUUAAAAUUCUUGGCAAUCAGAGAGUAAUUUGUGUCGAGUUAACCAAAAGAAAAAAUGCCAGCGAUGAAGGAUUCAUAUAUAGUCAAAAUUGCAGUGGAAAUGACCGAUCAGGUUGCCCAGCUUAUUGAAUUCAAUCAAAAGCAACCUCUAACGGGAAUUAUCCAGGAACUUUGUAAUGGAUGGAAUCUCUCUGAUCCUGAGCAAUAUGCAUUACAAUUCAAUGAAAACAAUAACAAAAAUUAUAUCACUGAAAAAAAUAGAAACGAAAUUAAGAAUGGGUCCAUUUUACGACUACAGUUCUCUCCUUCUAAGACAGCCCAAGAUAUAUUACAAAAACUACAAAAUGGGACACCCGAAGAAAAAUCUCGAGCUGUUAGUACAUUAUCGAGUUUGAGUUCUGACAUGACAUUUGCCUUUGAUUUCAUAAAUAAGCAAGGAUUAUCUUUGAUAAUCAAGCAGAUCGAAGGUGGAAAAUGUAAAGGAAAUAUACUAGCUAACACUCUAACAUCCUUUGUUGAACUAAUGGAACAUGGUAGUGUCUCAUGGGACAUACUCAAUGGUGAAUUUAUAACAAGAGUAGCAAGUCUUGUGAAUUCUAAACAAGAAGUUCAAGUCACCCAGGCAGCCUUGUCUAUAUUAGAAAAUGUUGUUUUGAACAGUACAGAAGGAUAUGGACAAGUUGAAAAAGAGAUUCCAAUUGGUUCUUUAGUAGAACACUUACAAGCAACACCUGUAGUACAACAAAAUGCAGUUGCAUUGAUUAAUGCUCUCUUCCUUAAGGCUGAUAUGUUGAAAAGACGUUCAUUGGCAGCUACUUUAAGUACAAAGCAGUUCAGAAUGUGUAUUCAGCACAAUAUACUACAAACAGGAGCUGCUGAAGGGGCUGAAAUGGCUCAUCAACUUUAUGUAUUGCAAACACUGAUGUUGGGUUUACUGGAACAAAGAAUGAUGACGAAGAUGGAUCCCCAGGACCAAGAUGGCCACGACAAAAUCAAAGAGCUUCGUCGUAUAGCUUUCGAUAGUGAAGGCGCAGGAGGAACAAGAGGACCCGGUGGAUUCACCAGAGAUUAUAAAAAAUUGGGUUUCAAAAACGACAUCAAUCCCGCACUAGAUUUCACUGAAACUCCACCUGGUUUGCUGGCGCUCGAUUGCAUGAUUUACUUUGCGAGGAAUCACCCAGAGAGUUACACCAAAUUAGUAUUGGAGAACAGUUGUAGGGCGGAUGAACAUGAAUGUCCAUUUGGCAGAGCGAGCGUAGAACUGGUUAAAAUCCUAUGCGAGUUGUUGAAGGUAGGUGAGGCGCCUUCGGAACAAGGAGCUUCGUUCCAACCUUUAUUCUUCACCCACGACCAUCCUUUCGAGGAAUGCUACUGCAUUUGUAUACUUCUGUUAAACAAAACAUGGAAAGAGAUGCGAGCUACCUCGGAGGACUUUUGCAAAGUUGCUAGCGUGGUUCGCGAGCAGAUCGUUAGAGCUUUGGCCGACACUCCCUCCUCUUUGGAUCAGUUGAAGGCAAGACUCCAAACUCUUACUUAUAGCGAAAUCACCCAACUCUGGCAGCUGGAAAGAACAUCUAGAGAGGAAUGGGAAUCUCACGCAAGACCUAUUGUCGAAUUACGAGAACAAAUCACACCGGACAUUGUUUCUCUGAUAAAACAACAAAGACUGGCUUUUCUGGUGGAAGGCACCCGCUUCACGAAAUAUUCAACCAGAGGGCAGCGGAUCAAGGAUAAAUUCUGGUUUAUGAGGUUAUCGAUCAAUCAUAAGGUUCUCCAUUACGGAGACUGCGAUGAAAAAAGCACGCCUGCCGCAGAAGAAUUGCCGUCUAAGUUGGCUGUUUCCGAUAUAAGAGCUUUAUUGACUGGAAAAGAUUGUCCUCAUAUGAAAGGGAGAAAAGCAUGUCAUCUUUUAGCCUUUUCGCUCGCCUUAGAAGUAGUGGAUUUGCAGUCUUUGGACUGUGUCGCACCAGAUGAACUGACUUUUGCGUAUUGGACUGAUGGAAUUAACGCUUUACUAGGAAAUCGAAUGCAUAGCCGAGAGUUCGAUAAAGACCUGGAUACCCUCCUUUCAAUGGAAAUCAAGUUGCGGCUUUUAGAUGCUGAGGGUAUAACCAUACCCCAAGAUCCUCCAGCUGUUCCACCAGAACCUUCUCAUUAUCAAUUCUGCUACGAUUUAAAAUGAAUCAUACAAAGAUUACACCAAAAAUAUUUUAUGGUACAAUUAUAGAUUUUAGGUAAUUUACUAUGAGGAAGUUGUGGUAAACAGAAAUUUUUGUAUUCAAAAGCAAUCAAAUUUUAUCACAGCUUCAUUUUAUAGAUAAUUUUUUUAAAUAUUUUAUUUAUAUAUUUUACUCUUUGUUUUUAAAAUUUUGAGCAGCAGCUCAGUGAUAUAUCACUUGGUUUUUUUGAAAAUCAACGGUCAAAAUGUUCAUUAGAUAUUUUAGAUAAUUUUUAUUAUAUUCUUUUAUGCGAUAUUUUAAAUGUCUUUGGAAUUAUAAUUUUAUAGGCCAUUGCCUCCUAAAUGAUAUUCGAAUGAGAAAUGACUGCUUCUAUCUCAGCUACUUUAUAUAUUUUAUCUAUUUACCUAACCUUUGUUUUUACAUUGAUUACUAAGUCUCAAAUACUAAAAGAUCUUAUACAUGUAUUACAAUUUUUAUAUGAAAAUAAAAAAAUUCGAUUA